AUGUUUUAUUCUGAGGAUAAUGAAAGUUCUGAGAGCGACGCGACUGUGAAUGAGGAUUGUGCCUCUGACAUUGAUGACAUCAUUGUUGAUAAUGAAAGUGUUGAGAGCGACGUAAGGGCCAAUGAGGAUUGUGGUUCUGACAAUGACAUCAAUUCAAAUGAUGAAACAGAUGAGCAAGAAUCUGAUAAAGAUGCAGAUGCACAAGAUAUAGACAUGCAAGAUACUGAAGAUGAAAGUACUGAUGAAGAAACUGAUGCAAUUCAAGGUUUUCGUGAUGAUGAUGAUGAUCCUCUUUUCCCGGGGUCAUGUGUUACUAAGUCUCAGGGUUUACUUGUGUUGUUAGCAUUUGUAUUAAAACAACGGUUGACUCAAACUGGUAUCCAAGAACUUCUAGAUAUGCUUAAUAUUUUAUUCGGUGGCAUCUUCCCAUCAUCAAAGUGUUUGUUUUUCAAGAACUUUACAGACUACAAGGAAGUUAUCAAAAUGCAUUUUUUUUGUGAGAAAUGUCUUACCUACAUUGGAGACGAGGAUCAUUGUGCAGAGGUUAAAACUUGUCCGGAUUGUAGAGAGAACGUUACCACAAAUGUGAAAAAGGGAUGUUUUUUUCUUUCAUUUUCUGUCAGAGAACAGAUAAAGCAAAAACUUGAAGAUGGUCUCAUUAAUGACGUCGUUGAUAGAAAUUCUGUAAUAGAUGAUGGCAUAUUAAGAGAUAUCACAUCUGGUCAAAAGUACAGAGAACUUUGUGAAAGUGCACAUCUUGGACCAAAUGACCUAACCCUUCAGUGGAAUUGUGAUGGAGCACCUGUAUUCAAAUCUAGUGGAUAUUCAGUAUGGCCAGUACAUUGCCUCGUUGAUGAGUUGCCUCCAAGAAUCAGAAAAAAAAACACAGGUUGCUAACAACAUUGUGGUUUGGACCAUCCAAACCCCGACCGGACACAUACUUGAAGGUAUUUGUUGAGGAAAUGCAACAACUAGAAUUAGAUGGUAUGGUUUGGAGAAAUGGUAAUGCACAAACAUGUUCUAGACUGGUAACAGCAGUAUGUAUCGCAGAUACAAUUUGCCGACCAAUGAUUCGAAACUGUGUUCAAUUUAACGGAAAUUGGGGAUGUGAUUGGUGCUACCAUAAAGGUAUUUGCAAUCCAAGGGGAAGAGGACACAAUAGAGUGUAUCCUCAUGGACAGCAUAUGUCUCGUAAUGCUGUUGCCCAUCAAGACCAUGCAUUUCGGGCGUUAGAGAGCAGACAGAGAGUUUUUGGAGUAUCUGGCCCCUCAAUGUUAAUGCUACUUCCACACUUCGACAUUAUACAGGGAUUUGCUCCAGAUUACAUGCUCACGGUUCUGCUGGGAGUAUGUAGACAGUUUGCCACAUUGUGGUUUGAUUCUACAUACUAUCAGUCUCCCUGGUAUAUUGGAAAGAGCAUAAAAUGUCUGGAUAAGCGACUACUAAGUCUAUCACCACCAUCAGAAAUAACAAGGCGCCCCAGAUCACUAAAAUUAAGAAAAUACUUCAAGGCCAAUGAAUGGAGGGCGUUCCUGCUGUACUACAAUGUAAUAUUAGAGGGUAUUUUGCCGCCAGAAUACACACAGCACUGGAAAUUACUCAUAACUGCCAUACAUUGCCUGUUACAAUUAAGAUGCCAUCUCAAACGAUAUGAUAGAGCAAGCAGAGCGGUACCUGAUAAAGUUUGUUAGAAAGACUGAAACACUGUAUGAUUUACAACAUGUUUCAUUCAACAUCCACCAGCUGGAACAUUUGCCCAACUCUGUAAGAAGAUGGGGACCUCUAUGGGCAGCGUCUGGCUUCAUCUAUGAAGAUCAAAAUGGUGUCUUGCAGAACAAAGGGACGUAAUAUGUACCUCAACAGAUGUACAGGCAUUUUGUACUAAAGCAUAGUCUUCCAUCUGAAGCAAAAAAAAAGGAUGGUAGGGGCAAAAAAAAGUAGUAAAAGAUCUGUAUGCCAAGCUAACAACAACAGAAAAAUUUCCACGCAGUCAUGUUCUUAUUACACAUGAUGUUGUAGUCUGUGGAUUGCCAGUACAGUAUAAGAACCUCAUGCCUGCAGAGCAAAUAGCUGUUGAAGAAUGUGUUGGGAAUGUCAAUUGUCGGAAAGUAGAAGUCUACAAGAGGUUCAUAGUCAAUCACACAAUGUACCACACUGCAGAAUAUAAACGAGUGUCAAAAACAUGCAAUACAUCCUUUGUUUCUAUUACAGGCUCAUAUUGGGAUAUUGAAAUUUUAUAUCACUAAAAACAUGUUGCCAUACUAAUUGUUGUUGCCCAAAUAGUCAACAUAAUUAUAUCAAUCAGGUGGAUAAACAGAAUCAUCUUAGAGCAUUCAAAGUUGAUGAAAUUAAAAGAAAAGGAGUAAAGAUGAUAGUUGAAGGGAAAGUAUAUAUGUCUGCAUUGGCAAAUAAUUAUGAAUUUGACUAAUUAACGUACAGUAGCACGUCACUGAUGAUUAUGCAUACAAGUUCUUAAUUUGAAACAAAAUGACUAAUUGUAUAUAAAAAUAUAUACAGUAUACUGUAAGGCAAUGAAGAUAAAGUAAACUACAGUACUAUAAGGUUUAUUUAUGUAUAACCUU